CCCAGCAGGCGGACCAGGCUGCCCGAAACCUCCCAACGCUCCCAGCCUGUUGCUUAUUCAUUCAGAGUGGGAAAGCGCCAGCCCAGCGGCCAGCCAGUACCGGGCUGGCCAUGUAAGGCCCCCAGGCAGUCCUGCCUGUCCGGUGCCCUGCAGAGAGCCUCGUGCAGCCCUGGGCACCGCCCCUGCCCUGCCCUGACCCCUUGGCCUCGAAAUGCUGUCAUCGGAGGAGCCGUCCCGCUCGGGACAAGGCCAGGAUGGACAAAGCUAGAGCUGGGGCAGGCAAGGAGCCGUCCUGUCCUCGAGGCCGUGGGAAGAGAAGCACGUACAGGAGUACACUCCUGAGAGCCUCUCGGUCCACCAGGCCUCUGCAGAGGGGCCACCAUGGCUGUAGCCCGAGCAUGCUGGCAGCUGGGGGCCCUGGUGUGGGGCGCCUGCCUCUGCGUCCUGGUGCACGGGCAGGAGGCGCGGCAGGGGCAGGGCUCGGACCCGGGGCGCUGGCGGCAGCUGAUUCAGUGGGAGAACAACGGGCAGGUGUACAGCCUGCUCAACUCCGGCUCAGAGUACGUGCCGGCCGGGCCCCAGCGCACCGACAGUAGCUCCCGGGUGCUGCUAGCCGGCGCACCCCAGGCCCCGCAGCGGCGCAGCCAAGGAGGCCCCCGGCGUCGGCAAGCCCCGUCGCUGCCCCUGCCAGGGCGCGUCGGCUCGGACACCGUGCGCGGCCAGGCGCGGCACCCGUUCGGCUUCGGCCAGGUGCCCGACAACUGGCGCGAGGUGGCCGUCGGGGACAGCACUGGCAUGGCCCGGGUCCGCACCUCCGUCUCCCAGCAACGACACGGGGGCUCCGCCUCCUCGGUCUCGGCCUCGGCCUUCGCCACCACCUACCGCCAGCCGCCCUCCUUCCCUCAGCAGUUCCCCUACCCGCAGGCGCCCUUCGUCAGCCAGUACGAGACCUACGACCCCGCGUCGCGGACCUACGACCAGGGCUACGUGUACUACCGCGGCGGCGGCGGCGGUGGCGCGGGGGCGGCGGCCGUGGCCUCGGCGGGGGUCAUCUACCCCUUCCAGCCGCGGGCGCGCUACGAGGAGUACGGCGGAGGCGAGGAGCAGCCCGAGUACCCGCCGCAGGCCUUCUACCCGGCCCCCGAGAGGCCCUACGCGCCGCCCCCGCCGCCGCCGCCGCCGCCGCCCGCCGACGGCCUGGAUCGCCGCUACUCGCACAGCCUGUACCACGAGGGCACCGCCGGCUUCGAGCAGCCCUACCCCGACCCGGGCCCCGACGCGCCGCCCGCCGGCGGCGGCGCCUACGCCACCGACCCCCGCCUCGGCUGGUACCCGCCCUACGCCAACGUGCCGCCCGAGGCCUACGUCCCGCCGCGGGCCGUGGAGCCGCAGCCCCCGUUCCGCGUGCUGGAGCCGCCCUACCUGCCGGUGCGCAGCUCCGACGCGCCCCCGCCCGGUGGGGAGCGCGGCGGCGCGCAGCAGGGCCGCCUCAGCGUGGGCAGCGUGUACCGGCCCAACCAGAACGGCCGCGGUCUCCCUGACUUGGUCCCGGACCCCAACUACGUGCAAGCAUCCACUUAUGUCCAGAGAGCCCACCUGUACUCUCUGCGCUGUGCUGCGGAGGAGAAGUGUCUGGCCAGCACGGCCUACACUCCCGAGGCCACUGACUACGACGUGCGGGUGCUACUCCGCUUCCCCCAGCGAGUGAAGAACCAGGGCGCCGCGGACUUCCUCCCGCACCGGCCACGGCACGCCUGGGAGUGGCACAGCUGUCACCAACAUUACCACAGCAUGGAUGAGUUCAGCCACUACGACCUGCUGGAUGCAGCCACAGGCAAGAAGGUAGCCGAGGGCCACAAGGCCAGCUUCUGCCUGGAGGACAGCACCUGUGACUUCGGCAACCUCAAGCGCUACGCAUGCACCUCUCACACGCAGGGCCUGAGCCCCGGCUGCUAUGACACUUACAACGCGGACAUCGAUUGCCAGUGGAUUGACAUAACUGAUGUGCAGCCCGGGAACUAUGUCCUCAAGGUUCACGUGAACCCGAAGUAUAUUGUUUUGGAGUCUGACUUCACCAACAAUGUGGUGAGAUGCAACAUUCACUAUACAGGUCGCUAUGUUUCUACAACAAACUGCAAGAUUGUCCAGUAA